AUGGUGAAGGACAAAGAUGGGAUUCAGAUUGGAAAUCAGUAUAAUGAUUCAAAUUGGUCACUCUCAAUGGAUGAAGAUUACAUAGUAUUUUGCUUCGGAGAAGAUGGAUCAUUUGAUGUUGUUAAAGAAGUCAAAUCCAAUAAUUAUGCCGAUGACGAAGAACUACAAGAAGAAACUGAUAAGCAGAUGCAUGGGAAUAGAUCAAAUGAUGAUGAACAAUAUCAAAAUUGUACAGAAUUUUUUAAAGAGGAAGAGAUAAAAGAGAUGGAAAGAGAGCAAAUCCGAGAAGGAAUUGAUGAGUUUGGAAUAUUGUACUCUGAAUUAGGUGAUUCUAACCGAUCUGAAGGCAGUAAUGGUUCUUUUGCAUUCCCUGUGUUAAAUUGGGAAUGGAUGGGAAGCCCUGUAAAGAUGCCUAAGUCAGAAGAUAUUUGUCAAAAGAAGCAAAAGAUCCGAUUUAUUCCAUUUCAGUGCUGUCGAUUCUGA